GUAGUUUGUUUUUGUACAGCUGGUAAAAGUGAUCUUGGCUUUUGGCUGAGGUGGUUUGGAGACGUUUGCCUGCUGGUUAAAAGCAUGAUCCAGGUGUUUAAUGACACAAACAUCUUACACAAUCUGUUGACCAUCAUAGUUUGUGGUUGUGAAGGAGUUGGAUGAGGUCUUCAAUGCUUCCUGUGAUCCUCAUGGCUACAUCUGGCCCUGAUGGGGAACACAUCAAUAAUGUAUGAACAACUGUCAGAUUUAUGGUUUCUUUUGUUUUUACAAGUUGCAGGUUGGUUUAAUAGAGUUCUGUUGGGGUGCUACACAGGCCCUGUUUUGUGACCAGGCUGGUCAGAGGGAGCUAAAUUUGGGAGGUGAUCAGAUUCCAUCUCUGUUUGCACAUGACACUACCCCAGAUACUUGAGCAAUGUCUGUACUCAGACUCCUACACUCUGACUGCGAACGGACACGCUGAGUGGGCCUCCUUGGAAAGAGCAUUCACCGAUCCGCAGCCGAAGUCAAGGACAUCUUCACAUCUCUGGAUUGGAUUUAGACUUUCAGUGCUGUGACGCUUCUGCCUCUGUUUUUGACCCAUCAACAACCCUUCCUCCAAGCCCACAGUGGGCCGGAAGACACUGCCAUGUUUCUCGCACUAGUGGUGACGCCGGAGCUCAGGCAGUUCCUGGCCAAGGCAAGAGGUGGAGCAGUGCGCCUCAUCAAGGUGUGCAUCCAAGACGAGCAGCUGAUGCUGGGGGCCUACAGAGAGCCUAGACACAACUGCGACCAGGAUUAUGACCACUUCCUGCUUCCUCUCCUGGACGACCAGGAGCCCUGCUACAUCCUGUACCGUCUGGACUCCCAGAAUGCAUUGGGCUAUGAGUGGAUUUUCAUCUCAUGGUCUCCUGACCAAUCUCCAGUGAAACAGAAGAUGUUGUACGCUGCCACCCGGGCCACAGUGAAGAAAGAGUUUGGUGGUGGCCACGUUAAAUACGAGAUGUUUGGCACCACUGAGGAGGACAUCUGCUUGGAGGGCUUCCAGCGUCACGUGUCAUCCUGCUCCGGUCCAGCGCCGCUUACUUUGGCUGAGCAGGAGCUCCAACGGAUCAAAAUCACAGAGGGCCGAGUUAAACAGGUGAAUACUGAUAUAAGUGUGGAGAGCAAGCACCAGACACUUCAGGGUCUUGCCUUCCCCCUGCAAGAAUCGGCCAGGAGAUCCCUACAGCUUCUGGCCCAAAAGCGCAUCAAUUAUUUGCAGCUGAGGCUGGAUGUAGAAAAGGAAACAAUUGAGCUGGUCCACUCAAACCCAACAGAAACUCGUGAUUUGCCCCGCAGGGUUCCCAAAGACACUCCUAGAUACCACUUCUUCCUUUACAAGCACUCCCAUGAAGGGGACUACCUGGAAUCCGUUGUGUUCAUCUACUCCAUGCCGGGAUACAGCUGCAGCAUUAAGGAGCGGAUGUUGUACUCCAGCUGCAAGAGCCGACUACUGGAGGAAGUGGAGAGAGAUUAUCAUUUGGAAAUAGCUAAAAAGCUGGAAAUUGAAGAUGGAGAUGAAUUGACGGAGGAAUUUCUGUACGAGGAGGUCCAUCCCAAGCAGUACGCCCACAAACAGGCAUUUGCAAAGCCCCGCGGCCCUGCAGGAAAACGAGGACACAAGCGUCUCAUCAAGGGGACAGGAGAGUCCAUUCACGACAGCUAGAAAAGACAUGUCCUUUUUGUCUACCAACGACCCACUAAACCCAGAGGAGGGCACAGUGGUGCUCCUCCUCCCCGACUGUGUGUACUGAAACACUUGUUACAUGUGACUGAUUCAUUUUUGGGUCUGACGUGCUGUUAAAUCUCCUUUAUUAAAGCUCUGUUGGUCACUUUGUGAAAUAGUUUUAGAGCAAAUUAGGGGGAUAAUGAAUAGAGACAUUUAGAUGGGACUCAGGCUGUAAAGCACACAGAUUAACUUCAUAAAUGAUUAAAGAUAACCUGGUCUUCAGGAUUUACAACCUUCAGUUUACAAAUGAAUACACCAGAGCUGGCUUGUAAAUGCACAUUUAAAUGGUUCAGAGCAGCCUUAGGUUUUACUUUUCUAUCAACAAUGUUUGUAAUUUAAAAAUAAAUUAUUAAUAGAAUUUCUGCUAA